AUGGUCGACUCCACUGCUCUUGGGCUCAUUCUCGAUGUUGGCCCGUUCAUCGCUUGGACCAACAUUGGUACUGGAGCUGGCCUUGUUGAAUGCUUAGCGACUGUGAGUGGGACUGUCCCUGCUGGUGUGGCCGCCUCUUCCGUGAAUAUCGUUGUUGCAUGGAGUGGCAUUACUGUGGGUUUCAUUGUUGAGGCUGUUGGUGUUGCUGCAGUGGCAGUCGCUUCUGGGAUAGCCACUUACCUGUGCAACAUGAUGAUCGAUUGCCAUCAAAAAUUUGACACGCAACAUUGCAAUGUCGUCGCUGUGUCAUAUCCAUACAAUCCCGACCUCUGCUCCAGGCUCCUGGAACUCCAAACUCCAACUUCCGGCACCCUACUUCACUUUCUCCUUGCCGACUCCCAAGAGGUUAUCCCACCUCCAGCUCAGACACCACCUUCGGUCCGACUCUGGAACAUUCUGGGUCCGACCCCAACCUCGACACCUUCCAGACGAGUAUGCAAAACCUAUGCUCCCAACUCCGGACCUCCGCUCCGGAAUCCCAUUCGCAUCUCCGUCUCUGGAACCUCUGGUCUUAGCUCCGACCUCGGACUUUGA